UAAUGACGUAAUAGGUGUGCGACGGUGAGAGAGUUUGUGUAUACACGGACAAAGGAUGUCAACAAGUUUAAAACAGGCUUUAAAAUCCCACUUUGGAUUCGACGGCUUUAGGUCUAAACUUCAGGAAGAUGUUGUUAAGGCUGUCAUUAGUGGUAACACGGACGUGUUUGUGUGCAUGCCGACCGGAGCAGGGAAGUCUCUGUGCUAUCAGCUGCCUGCAGUGCUGGCUGAGGGUAUUACUCUGGUUAUAUCCCCGUUAAUCGCUCUCAUUCAGGACCAAGUGGAUCGCCUGAAGGAGCUCAACAUCCCCGCCUGCUCCAUCAACUCCAAGCUUCCAGUGGGCGAGCGCCGCCUGAUCCUGGCUGAUCUGGGCAGCAACCAGCCAAAGCUGAAGCUCCUCUACAUCACACCAGAGAUGGUGGCCUCGGCCUCAUUCCAGCCCUGCCUGACGGGUCUGUGUUCCCGCGGCCUGCUGUCCUACCUGGCUGUGGAUGAGGCCCACUGUGUCUCCCAGUGGGGCCACGAUUUUAGGCCAGACUAUCUCAAACUGGGUGAGCUGCGGGCUCGCAUACCCGGAGUUCCCUGUUUGGCUUUGACAGCUACAGCUCCCAAGAACGUGCAAGAAGACAUUGUUCAGUCUCUAAGGCUGCGCUCGCCGAUGUCUUUUGUCACUCCAGUUUUCCGUAGGAACCUUCAUUAUGAUGUGAUCUUCAGGGAUCUGCUGCCAAACCCUUAUGUUCACCUCCAUGCCUUUAUCAAAAAAGCUCUGGCAAUGAGCAGUGGAUCUGCUGGACAGGGCUGUGGGAUCGUUUACUGUCGAACCAGAGAAGGCUGUGAAACUGUUGCUUACCAGCUGACCAAGCUCGGAGUCUUAGCUAAGCCUUAUCAUGCAGGUCUGAAGGGAGGAGAUCGCACAGAGGUGCAGAAUGAGUGGAUGCAAGGAAAGGUGCUGGUUAUUGUUGCAACCAUCAGCUUCGGCAUGGGAGUAGACAAAGCCAACGUUAGAUUUGUUGCCCACUGGAAUCUUGCAAAGUCUCUGGCCGGUUAUUACCAAGAGUCUGGACGAGCAGGUAGAGACGGUCUGCCCUCCUUGUGUCGCACGUACUAUAGCCGGAGGGAUAAAGAGCAGCUAAACUUCCUGAUUCGUCAGGAAAUUGACCGAAGAAAGGCAAAACGAGGCUCUUCAAAGGAGAUUGACAAAGCAGCCCUCUCGGACUUUGAAGCCAUGGUGUUGUUUUGUGAGCAAGAAGGAUGUCGCCAUGCCAUCAUCUCCAAGUUUUUCGAGGACAAGACGCCAAACUGCGCGGGCGCCUGCGACUGCUGCAGCAACCCCAAGGCCGUGCGGGCCCAGCUGGAGCAAGCAGCCGCCCUUAGCACCAAGACCGACGAGGGCCACAGCAGCGAGCCCAGAGGGCCGUUCGGGUACCUGCAAGACCAAUACGAAGGAGGGAAGAAGGGCUAUGGCUUUGAAAGGUAUGAUGAAGGGGAUGAAGGAAGUGCUGAAGAGGAGACCAAUAAGAGGAAAAGGGAGUUUUCUGACCUCUUCAAGAAGCAGAUGAAUCUGCGGAAGGCCUCUGAUGGCCCGAGGGAGGACUUUGUUCCACCAGAUGCUGACUGCCCGCUCAGAGAGGCCAGCAGCCAGAAGAUCCCCCGGCUCACUGUGAAGACUAGAGAGCAUUGCUUGUACCGCCUGCGAGAUGCUCUGUGUGGCCAGCAGGGGGCAGAAGACACAUUUAGAUAUAGCCUGAUGUCAGCAGUAGAUAUAGAGCACGAGGUCUUCAAAGGCAGCAAAACCUCCAACUUGUACAAAGCUGCUAUCUUAAAGAAGGUGUCGGAGAUAUCAAAAUCAACAGGUGGGACAGAAGAGGGCAGCAGCAGUUAUUCAAGAGAAGCUGAGGCAAGACUCAAAGCGGAUGGAAACUCAUCCUCUUUAUACCCCGAGGAGCUGCAGGGGUUCACCUCUGCUUCUCAGAUCUACUCUAUGAAGCGAAAACGAGUGGGUGCAGGCCAAAGGGGCUCCUCCAACUGUUUCCUCUCUGCCAAGGAUCUCCUGAACCCCUCCACGUCAGACGCAGUUUCUAGCAAAGUGACAGAAAACGGCGGCUUUUUCAGGGACUCCUCAGAGGGGCCGGGCGACAAAAGGAUCAGGGUAAAGGAGACGAACACAGAGACUAUGUCGGCCUUGACAUCAUCCAUCAGAGCCAGAGCCUCUGCCGUCAGCGCCCACUUAAACAGCCCGACUACAGGAAGCAGAGCCAUGAGCAGGAAGCAGCAGAAGCUGGCAGACGCAGCGAAAAGUUCUCGCAACAUCUCCCAGUACUUUGUGAUAACUAAACCUGUGGAGGAGGAGAGCUGUGAAGAGGCAGAACUCCCCAUGGAAGCAGGUGGUUUCCUAUCAGAGACUCUCUGUGAGAUUCAUGAAGAGAACAUAAGGCAGGAGCUACAUUCUCUGGCUGCUGUGGACGUAACGGCGAGCGACCCUACACUUUUAGAGACUGAGGAUCUGGUCCUGAUAGAACCUAAAACUGAAGUCAUCGUUUUAUCGGAUGAUGAAGAAGCGGACAAAGAAAGAACUUUGACUUUGGUUGAGGACACCCCUCAUGAGGAUAAGACAACUCUCACAGCACCAGACAGACGUGAAGAAGCAGCAGCAGCUAACCCACCUUUAGUUCAAGAGAAUACAGAUGAGGUGGAAGCAAAACAAGAGUUGCCUCCUGCAGCAAAGCGCAGCCGGACGUUAGGUGCGAACAAAAGAAGAGUGACCUUCAACCCAGAUGUGCAAGCGAGGUCCCUGCCGCUGCCCGGUGAGCUCGUGACGCUGAAGGAAGCAGCCAAUAUUGUGGUCCAUUAUCUGGACCCCUUUUAUUCUCAGGGAAAGUUUGCCACCAAGGCUCUGUUUAAGUCUUUUGCACGGUACUUGUCUCACCUUCUUACAGAGGGUAAAAGUUGUGAAAAAAGCCAAGUUAAAGGGGAAGCUAAAGUUCUCAUCAAGAAGUUUUUCGACAGCAUACAGCGCUGUGAGAGCGAGGCUGACUGGGAGCACCUUAAGAGACUGCACAACUCUAAAGCCACAGAGAGCAAGGAGUGAUGGGACAUGUAGUCAUUUUUCUUCUAUGUCAGUGCCUGUUAGUUCCUCCAGUUGAUUUCAUUUUUUAUGUAAGAAGUUUGAAAUUAAGGGCUUUUGUGGGUGCUUGUAUGUUGUGUCAAUACAUAAUAAAAAAUGCUGACUGCCACAGUC